UUUUAUACAGAAUUGGAGUGUACCUGUUUGAUCCCAGCAGAGUUUUACAAGUCCAAAGACCGUAGUGAAAAUGCAUAUUAAGUCGAUCAUCUUGGAGGGAUUCAAGUCCUAUGCUCAGAGGACCGAAGUUAAUGGCUUUGACCCUCUCUUCAAUGCUAUCACUGGUUUAAAUGGUAGUGGAAAAUCCAACAUAUUGGACUCCAUCUGCUUUUUGCUGGGCAUUUCCAACCUGUCUCAGGUUCGGGCUUCUAAUUUGCAAGAUUUAGUUUAUAAGAAUGGGCAGGCUGGUAUUACCAAAGCCUCCGUGUCAAUCACUUUUGAUAAUUCUGACAAAAAGCAAAGUCCUUUAGGAUUUGAGGUUCAUGAUGAAAUCACAAUAACAAGGCAGGUGGUGAUUGGUGGCAGAAAUAAAUACUUAAUCAAUGGAGUAAAUGCAAACAAUACCAGAGUACAAGAUCUCUUCUGUUCUGUUGGCCUUAAUGUUAACAACCCUCACUUUCUCAUUAUGCAGGGUCGAAUUACAAAAGUAUUGAAUAUGAAACCUCCAGAGAUUUUAUCUAUGAUAGAAGAAGCAGCUGGAACCAGGAUGUAUGAAUAUAAAAAAAUAGCUGCUCAGAAAACUAUAGAAAAAAAGGAAGCUAAACUGAAAGAAAUUAAGACGAUACUUGAAGAAGAGAUUACUCCAACCAUUCAAAAAUUAAAGGAAGAACGAUCAUCCUAUUUGGAGUAUCAAAAAGUAAUGAGAGAAAUAGAACAUUUGAGUCGUCUGUACAUUGCUUAUCAGUUUUUGCUCGCUGAAGAUACCAAGGAACGUUCCGCUGAGGAGUUAAAAGAAAUGCAGGAUAAAGUUGUAAAGCUUCAAGAAGCAUUGUCUGAGAAUGAUAAAAAAAUAAAUGAACUUAGUCAUGAAAUAGAAGAAUUAGAAAAAAGAAAAGAUAAGGAAAUUGGAGGUAUUCUCCGCUCGUUAGAAGACACUCUUGCAGAGGCUCAGCGAGUUAAUACCAAAUCGCAAAGUGCUUUUGAUCUCAAGAAGAAAAAUCUGACAAGUGAAGUGAACAAACGCAAAGAGCUGGAAAAAAAUAUGGUGGAGGACUCUAAAACUUUAUCAGCAAAAGAAAAAGAGGUUAAGAAGAUAACUGAUGGCCUGAGUGCCCUUCAAGAAGCAAGUACUAAGGAUGCAGAAGCCUUGGCCGCUGCACAGCAGCACUUCAACGCUGUGUCUGCUGGCCUCUCCAGUAAUGAAGAUGGAGCCGAAGCAACCCUUGCUGGUCAGAUGAUGACCUGUAAAAAUGACAUAAGUAAAGCUCAGACAGAAGCCAAACAGGCUCAGAUGAAGUUGAAACAUGCUCAACAAGAAUUAAAGGCCAAACAGGCUGAAGUUAAAAAGAUGGACAGUGGCUACAGGAAAGAUCAAGAAGCUCUAGAAGCUGUGAAGAAACUUAAAGAAAAACUUGAAGAUGAAAUGAAAAAGCUGAAUUAUGAAGAAAACAAGGAAGAAAGCCUUCUGGAAAAGCGUAGACAGUUGUUUCGAGAUAUCAGUAGAUUGAAAGAAACAUAUGAAGCUCUCUUGGCCAGAUUUCCUAAUCUUCGCUUUGCAUACAAGGAUCCAGAGAGGAACUGGAAUAGGGAUUGUGUGAAAGGUCUCGUGGCUUCUCUGAUUAGUGUCAAAGAUACUGCUGCAACCACAGCUUUAGAAUUGGUAGCUGGGGAGCGACUCUACAAUGUUGUUGUAGACACAGAGAUUACAGGUAAAAAGCUAUUAGAAAAGGGAGAAUUGAAGCGUCGGUACACUAUAAUUCCACUCAAUAAAAUAUCAGCCAGAUGUAUUGCACCAGAAACCCUGAGGGUCGCUCAGAAUCUUUGUAUAACUCAGAUUGACGGUGCUCGGUCCCAGGCAGCUUCUAUUUUAACCAAAUUUCAAGAACUGAAGGAUGUUCAACAUGAAUUGAAAAUUAAGGAAAAUGAGCUACAAGUUCUAGAAGAGGAAUUAGCAAGUCUUAAAAGUGUUGCUGAAAAAUAUCGCCAACUAAAGCAGCAGUGGGAAAUGAAGACUGAGGAGACAGAUUUAUUGCAAACCAAACUACAGCAAAGUUCAUAUCAUAAGCAGCAAGAAGAGUUAGAUGCCCUUAAGAAAAUCAUUGAGGAAAGUGAAGAAACGUUAAAGAAUACCAAAGAAAUUCAGAAAAAGGCAGAAGAAAAAUACGAAGUACUGGAGAAUAAAAUGAAAAAUGCCGAAGCUGAACGAGAGAAGGAAUUGAAGGAUGCUCAGAAAAAACUAGAUUGUGCCAAAACAAAGUCAGAUGCUUCUAACAAAAAGAUGAAAGAAAAGCAACAGGAAUUUGAAGCUAUUACUCUAGAGCUAGAAGAGCUCAAGAGAGAACAAGCAUCAUAUAAACAGCAGCUCGAAGCUGUAAAUGAGGCUAUCAAAUCCUAUGAAGAUCAAAUUGAAGUGAUGGCAACUGAAGUGGCUAAAAAUAAGGAGUUAGUAAAUAAAGCUCAAGAAGAAGUAACCAAGCAAAAAGAAGUGAUCAUGGCCCAGGACAGUGUUAUUAAAGCAAAAUAUGCAGAAGUGGCAAAACAUAAAGAACAAAACAAUGAUUCUCAACUUAAAAUUAAGGAAUUAGAGCACAACAUCAGCAAACAUAAACGGGAAGCUGAAGAUGCUGCUGCGAAGGUAUCGAAAAUGCUGAAAGAAUAUGACUGGAUUAACUCCGAGAAACACCUCUUUGGCCAACCCAAUAGUGCCUAUGAUUUUAAAACUAACAACCCAAAAGAAGCCGGCCAGCGACUUCAGAAGUUGGAAGAAAUGAAGGAGAAACUGGGAAGAAAUGUCAAUAUGAGAGCCAUGAAUGUACUGACAGAAGCUGAAGAGCGGUAUAAUGAUUUGAUGAAGAAGAAAAGAAUUGUAGAGAAUGACAAAUCCAAAAUCCUUGCAACUAUAGAAGAUCUUGACCAGAAGAAAAACCAAGCCCUAAAUAUUGCUUGGCAAAAGGUGAACAAAGAUUUUGGGUCUAUUUUUUCUACUCUUUUGCCUGGUGCUAAUGCUAUGCUUGCACCACCAGAGGGGCAAACAGUUUUGGAUGGUCUAGAGUUCAAAGUUGCCUUAGGAAAUACCUGGAAGGAAAAUCUCACUGAACUUAGUGGUGGUCAGAGGUCUUUAGUGGCGUUGUCAUUAAUAUUAUCCAUGCUCCUCUUCAAACCUGCACCAAUUUAUAUCCUGGAUGAGGUUGAUGCAGCCUUGGAUCUUUCUCAUACCCAGAAUAUUGGACAGAUGCUGCGCACUCAUUUCACACAUUCUCAGUUCAUUGUAGUGUCCCUGAAAGAAGGUAUGUUCAACAAUGCAAAUGUUCUUUUCAAAACCAAGUUUGUGGAUGGUGUUUCUACAGUGUCCAGGUUUACUCAAUGUCAAAAUGGAAAGGUUCCAAAAGAAGCAAAAUCCAAGACAAAAGGACCCAAAUAAUCAUAUGUAGAAGUUUGA